CUUCAGCACGAAGCUGUCAGCAGGGCAGAGCCCAAGAAACCUUGCCCUGGAUGAGAAUCUACUAGUAAGAUGACAUCAGAACUCUUCAUAUAGGAGGGCAGGCUCUCCCUCACUUCUGGAGACAUCAUUUGAUGGCACAGAUACAAGCAUCGGAUGCCUCUUCCCAUGGAUCCUUUGCAAAUGGUCCACUCGGGCCCUCGGAAGAAGAGGCCCAGGCAAACGGGUGCCUCAAUGGUCUCUCCUCCUCAUGACAUCAAAUUUCAGGAUUUGGUCCUCUAUAUUUUAGAGAAGAAAAUGGGAACCACCCGCAGAGCCUUCCUCAUGGAGCUGGCACGAAGGAAAGGAUUCAGGGUCGAAAAUGAGCUCAGUGAUUCCAUCACCCACAUUGUGGCCGAAAACAACUCUGGCGCAGAGGUCCUGGAGUGGCUGCAGGUACAGAAUAUGAAAACCAGCUCACAGCUAGAACUCCUUGACGUCUCCUGGCUGAUAGAAUCAAUGGGAGCAGGAAGACCAGUGGAGAUGCUGGGGAAACACCAGCUUGUAAGUGUGAGAAGAGACCAUUCAGCUAGCCCCAACCCAGAGCUCCAGAAGACUCCACCACUUGCUGUAAAAAAGAUCUCUCAAUACGCAUGUCAGAGAAGAACCACUUUAAACAACUGUAACCACAUCUUCACGGAUGCCUUUGAGGUACUGGCUGAAAACUAUGAGUUUAAAGAAAAUGAAGUCUUCUGCCUGGCAUUUAUGAGAGCAGCUUCUGUACUUAAAUCCCUGCCCUUCACAAUCAUCAGUAUGAAGGACACAGAAGGAAUUCCCUGUCUGGGGGACAAAGUGAAGUGUGUCAUAGAGGAAAUUAUUGAAGAUGGAGAAAGUUCUGAAGUUAAAGCUGUGUUAAAUGAUGAACGAUAUCAGUCCUUCAAACUCUUUACUUCUGUGUUCGGAGUGGGAUUGAAGACAUCUGAGAAAUGGUUCAGGAUGGGUUUCAGAACUCUGAGUAAAAUAAAGUCGGACAAAACCCUGAAAUUCACACCAAUGCAGAAAGCAGGAUUCCUCUAUUAUGAAGACCUCGUCAGCUCUGUGACCAGGGCGGAAGCGGAGGCAGUUGGCGUGCUGGUUAAAGAGGCCGUCUGGGCAUUUCUGCCUGAUGCCUUCGUCACCAUGACAGGAGGAUUCCGGAGAGGUAAGAAGAUUGGGCAUGAUGUGGAUUUUUUAAUUACCAGCCCCGGGUCAAGAGAUGAAGAAGAGGAACGACUUUUACCGAAAGUGAUGAACUUAUGGGAAAGGAAGGGAUUACUUUUAUACUGUGACUUUGUGGAGUCGACAUUUGAAAAGUUAAAGUUGCCUAGCAGGAAUGUGGAUGCUUUAGAUCAUUUUCAAAAAUGCUUUCUGAUUUUAAAAUUGCACCAUCGGAGAGUGGACAGUGGCAAGUACAGCCAGCAAGAAGGAAAGACCUGGAAAGCCAUCCGCGUGGACCUGGUCAUGUGUCCCUAUGAGCGCCGUGCCUUUGCCCUGCUGGGCUGGACUGGCUCACGGUUUGAGAGAGACCUCCGGCGCUAUGCCACGCAUGAGCGGAAGAUGGUGCUGGACAACCAUGCAUUAUAUGACAAGACCAAGAAAAUAUUCCUCAAAGCAGAAAGUGAAGAAGAAAUUUUUGCACAUCUGGGAUUGGAUUACAUUGAACCAUGGGAAAGAAAUGCCUAGAAAAAGUUGUCAACUUUUUUUCAGCUUUUUUUUUCGGGUUAAAUAAAUUAUGCUUCAUAUUGUAGUAAAGAUGCCUUAGGAAAAGAUGAGAUUCUUUAAGCCUUAUUGAAAUGCAGAUUGCCGUUAGGAAUAGUUUUGGAAACUUGAUAAGGCAGCACCUGGUAAUGGGUUAUGCUCUAGUAAGCCAUUCAUAUGACCGUUGCUUAGAAUUCACAACGCAUUUUUCCAUAGAAAUGAUGUCGAAAUUGGUGGCUUAUUUCAGGGAAGCUCAUCAAAGCCCACUUUGCCCACAGUGUAGCUGAGAUACUGUAUAUUUGCAAUAAAAAUAGGAGGAAACAAGAGAUGGUGGAGUCUUAUUUUUCACUCAAAUACUAUAAAAAUAUUCUAAACAAAAAUGU